AUGAAUGGUUCAAAUCAUAUAAUUCAAUCACUGAUACAUCGAUUAAUUCAUUAUGCUCGCGAAACGCAAUGCAAAAUGCGUUACAUUCAAACAAUGGAAUCUGAUGAAUCAACUGAAAUAGUAAAAUGGGAGGCAAACAUUCAACCACCAACAAUUGACGAAUUACGCACAUAUACGAAAAAUGCGUUUAGUUGCAAAUAUAUCAAAUAUAUGUAUUCUAAAUUUAAGAAUGAAUGUCCAACAGGCAGAAUGCGUGUAGCUAAAUUUAAAAAAAUGUUUGGUUCCUAUUUUCCAUUGCAUCUCGAUGAAGAAUACAUUUUGAGGCUAUUCACAGCAUUUGCUAAUGGUAAAGAAGAAAUGACUUUUAAGGAUCUUAUGGAAUCAUUAGCAUUGCUUUAUUUAUCAACACCGGAAGCAAAUGCAAUUUGGACAAUUCGAAUGAUUAAAGGUUCCGAUGUUGAAGCAAUUACAGAAGAUGAUUUGAUAGAUUUUGUGAAAUCAGUUUUCCGAUUAGCAAUGCUUGGAAAGUCAAAACAUGGAAACAAAGUAUCUGAUUGCAAUUUUCAUAUGAUCGAUACAGCAUUGCAAAAUAUUGCUAUCCAUCGCUCACAUGGUACAUUCAAGGCGCUCGAUAAAGAUGGCAAUGGCUAUAUUUGCAAAUCUGAUUUUGUCAACUUUUUUCAGCAAAAUGGUUGUUUGGAUCCAGUUUUCAUGAAAUCAUUUAUACGCUUAAAAACGCGGUAA